GUCGGAUGAGAGACCUAAUCAAAAGAGAAAAGGGCUUUGGGGAGCGGUCGAAGUCGCGCGAGGCCGAGGCCGAGUCAUGGCCACCGCUCGGAUCCUCCACCGCUCCUUCUCCGCUCGUCGUCCAACCCCUCUUCCGCCGCCGCUCCUGGCGCUGCGCUCCCCCAUGAGGUCGGCGUCGGCGUCGGCGUCGGCGUCGGGUCCUCCUCCUCCUCCUCGGGGGGCGCCGCGGCAGCAGCAGCAGCAGCAGCAGCAGCACGAGUUCUCGAAGGCGUGCGCGUACCUGGGGAGUUGGGAACCCGUGACGGAGCCUCGGGUGGCGGAGGCGCGGCUGGGGCGGCUGCGGCGGGACUACGCGCGGGAGGUGAAGCAGCUGCGCAGGGAGUACGCGUACGAGGUGGAGCUGCAGCGCGUGGAGCGCGCGCGCAGGGACGAGGCCCGCCGCGAGGCCGCCAGGCUCGCCAACGAGCAGCGGAAGGCCGCCAAGGCCGCCGCCGCCCAGACCCGCGCCGCCGAGCGCAGGGCCUUCGAGGAGGACUUCCGCCAAACCCUCUUAAAAGAACGAGCUGAGAAACUGGAAAGUUGGAGGGCAAAAGAGAAAUCAAGGGAAGAAAAGAAGGCUGCACAGAAAGGGCUUCUACGCCAACAGAGUUCCAUGUGGGUUUCAGAGGAGAACUUGGAGAAGAGAAUAUUGGAGGCUAUCGUUGAUGCAACCCCUCUUUAAUUUGAUGCGGAAGCUAACAAGAUGCUGAGCAAGUUUGCUGCUCUAAUCAAACUUUGAAGCACAGUGGUCUUCUUAGUUCUUAGUUCUUGCAACAAACAGAACCUUCUCUCAGCUUGCUAUGUUCUUUGAUUUUCCAGUAUAACAAACUGUUUGAAUCUUUAAAAGAUAGCUGUGAUAAAGAAUUUUUUUCAAGUUUGUUAUUUUGUGGAAAGUAUGUUUUUGUUGUGUUUUAUACUAAACCCUGUAUGUGACUAGGGCAA